AUGGCAGCGCUGGUGGCCACGGAGAGGCACUUAUGGUUACAUUUAAGCUCUAUCAAGGACAAAGAUAAAAACUUCCUUAUGGACGCCCUGCUUGCGCCCCCUGGCCUCUUUGGCGACGCUGUCAACUCGGUCGUCGAGAGGUUUCAGGAAGCCAAUAAGCAGGCGGCGGCGUUCCAGAAGCUCCUUCCCCGUCGCUCUUUCACCCCUGGGGCUGUUCCACAACACCAGCAGCCCCAGUCAUCUAAAGCCAGCUCCUCACAACAGCACCGUGCUAAUCAAAAGCAGAGCGUUUCUACCCGUGCCCCUCCUCAGAGAUUCGGGGGGUCGGGGGGGCGCUCGCAGCCGCAGCCUUCUAGGGGUAAGACGGAUCUGAGGAACGUCAUUAUCGCCAAGAAGGCUGCGGGGGCCAUUCUGCCAACCCUGCCACCUCGUGUGCUUCAGGGCGCAGUGGUCCCCAGCGAGCAAACACCCAGGUAUCCGCCCGGAAACGUAGCGGCCCUGGGGUGCUCGCCCCCUCUAAGGAGGGUCUCGGAACAGUCAGUUCGGUCGCCCCCUGCUGGUGUGCCGCCUCAGGGCACCGUUUUGGCUGUUCAAAUUACACCAGAGGCCAGUUUCGAGAGACUGGUUCCCUUAGUAGAAUAUCUGACAGCAUGGAAGCUACUGCCAAAUAUUUCUCAAUGGGUCCUGCGUACAGUCGAAAAAGGCUAUGCCAUUCAGUUCGGGUCUCGCCCACCCAGGUUCGCGGGGGUCCUGCCCACCGUGGUGGGCCCCGAGCAGGCUCUGGUUAUGGAACAGGAGGUAAAAACUCUGUUGGAGAAGGGAGCCAUAGAGCAUGUACUUCCUCCCGACAGAGAGAGCGGUUUCUACAGCCGCUAUUUUAUCGUUCCGAAGAAGGAUGGGGGGUUGCGUCCCAUUUUGGAUCUGCGUCUGCUGAACCAGUCAGUUAUGAAGCUCAAGUUCAAAAUGUUAACUUUGAGGCAAAUCGUGUCGCAAAUCAGAUCCGAGGACUGGUUUGUCACGAUCGAUCUCAAGGACGCGUACUUCCAUGUGUCCAUCCUUCCACAUCACAGGAAGUUCCUGAGGUUCGCUUUUGGGGGCAAAGCUUACCAAUAUCGGGUUCUUCCGUUCGGCCUAGCGUUAUCACCCCGCACUUUCACCAAAUGUGUGGAUGCAGCCUUGGCGCCACUUCGUUUGCAGGGCAUUCGCAUUCUCAAUUACAUCGACGAUUGGCUGAUAUUAGCCCAAUCACAACAGCUAGCGGUUCGGCAUCGAGAUGUCGUUCUCGCCCACAUGAGAAAGUUGGGGUUAAGGUUAAACGCCAAGAAGAGUGUUCUUUCUCCAGCUCAGAGAACCACUUUUCUGGGCGUAGUUUGGGACUCUGUUGUGAUGCAGGCGCGUCUUUCGCCUGCUCGCAUAGAAUCUAUCCUUUCUACCGUAAAACGGAUAAAGUUAGGCCAGUCACUCACUGUGAAACAGUUUCAGAGAAUAUUGGGUCUGAUGGCAGCGGCGUCCAACGUGAUUCCCUUUGAUCUGCUGUACAUGAGACCCUUGCAGUGGUGGCUCAGAACCAGGGGGUUUUCUCCGAGGGAGAACCCGUUUCGCAUGAUCAAGGUCACGCGGCAAUGCUUACGUGCCCUAGACAUGUGGAAGAAACCCUGGUUUCUAUCCCUAGGUCCGGUGUUGGGAGCUCUUUGUCGUCGCAAGACGCUAACGACGGAUGCUUCCCUCACCGGUUGGGGGGCGGUCCUAGACGGACACUCGACUCAAGGUCUGUGGAACGAACACCACCUCUCCUGGCACAUCAACUGUCUGGAGAUGAUGGCGGUUUUUCUGGCUCUCAGAGUUUUUCUCCCAGACCUCAGGGGCCACCAUGUUCUUGUCCGGUCAGACAACACAUCGGUGGUUGCCUAUAUAAAUCACCAGGGGGGUCUGCGUUCGCGUCCACUCUACAGACUGACACACCAGAUCCUCCUGUGGUCCCAGGGGAAGUUGCUGUCGCUUCGUGCAGCAUACAUUCCCGGGGUCCAGAACAUAGGAGCAGACAUCCUGUCAAGACAGGGGUUGAGGCCCGGGGAAUGGAGGCUCCAUCCCGAGGUGGUGUUACAAAUUUGGGGAGUGUUCGGUCGGGCUCAGGUGGAUCUGUUUGCAUCUCGAGAGACGUCUCACUGUCCACUCUGGUUCUCCCUCACUCAUCCAGCUCCUCUCGGACUGGAUGCCAUGGUACAGACGUGGCCGAGGCUGCGUCUGUACGCCUUUCCUCCGAUUGCUCUGCUCCCGGGAGUUUUAGAGAGAGUUCGCCGGGACCAGGUCCGGCUCAUCUUGAUAGCCCCGCGUUGGCCGGGCAGGGUUUGGUUUUCGGACCUAGUAUCUAUCCUAGACGGCUCUCCUUGGGAGAUUCCGGUCAGGAGGGACCUCUUGUCCCAGGCGGGGGGCACGAUAUUUCACCCUCGCCCGGAACUCUGGAACCUGUGGGCUUGGCCUCUGAGGGGGCCCAGCUCGUAG